UGCUUCCUUAGCCGUAACGCUUCUUAUCAAAUCCGUAACGCUUCUUAUCACACCCUCUAUACCUCAUUUCUCGCAAAGCACAGAUGGCGCCAAACAAGGCUGCGGCCCUAUCUGCGCUCCUGCAGCAGCAGCAGUGCCAGGCCAUCUACGUUGCCCUCGAUGGCGGCAACCCGAGGCAGGCGGUGCAGCAAGCAGACCACGUCCUUCGCAACAAUAGCGCCGCCUCGUCCCAUACCUUAGCUAGAGCUCUCAAGGCUCUGGCACUUUACCGCUCAAGAAGCGAAUCAGAGGCGAUCGCAGAGGUGGAAGCCGUCCUAGCCCACAUGAACCCAGCCGCCUGCGAUCAGUCUGUCCUCACACCAUUGACCUUUGUCCUCAGUCGGACAGGGCGGAGAGCUAAGGCAGCUGACCUUCUAGACACGGCGAGCAAGGCGCGGCCAGACGAUCACGACGUUUCUGUCAAGGCGUUUGAAGCGCUGAUAGGGUCAAAGGAAUACUUGAGAGCCCAGCAAUUGGGCACCAGAAUGCACAAGGCCUUUGGUGGACCCGUCAGUGCUGUACAGUCUAAGAAGAACGGAAAGCAAACAACGCUGGGCAACCCAGACUGUAGCUCGGCCCGGAAUCGUUACUUUUGGUGGUCAAUGCAGGCCUACCUGCUGCUCUCAGUCGAGACGCCCCAAGCCCAAGGGGCUGCAUUGGCUCUUGCACUGGCCGAGAGGAUGAUUCAGAAGCACGUCUCGGCAGAGGAAGGCAAGUUCGACGAGCAGAGCCACGAGGACAUCGAGCUGUACAUCAGCGUCUUGCUCGCCCAAGCCGACAAGCUGACAAAGGAUGACGAGAGAACGAAGAAGCGGCAGGAUGCUCUGCAGCUACUCCUUAAUGAGCCUGGCUCGCACAUAGCAAAGAAGAGCUUGGGGCUGGGGCAGUUGAAACUGGAUCUACUCAAGCAAACGGCAGACUGGGUGAAGCUGGAAGAGGAAUCGAGAAACCUCAUCCAAGAAGGUGAUCGGAAUUGGAUGACAAUCGAGAAGUGGAUCGAAGGCGUUACGGGCCUGGCGGAACGCGAUUUCGACGUGAUUGACCGGGCCACGAAGAUGGCUGAUGAGCUAGCAGCGAAGGAUGGCAAGAGGAGGGACUAUCCUCUCCUCCGCCUGGCCCUUCACCAUGAGCUGCGCAAAAAGGCAAAGCUUCUUCAAUCGGGAGCUUUCGUCGAUCUCAUAGAGUCUUACUACGACACUUUUGGCAGUAAGCUCUGUUGCUAUGAGGACCUGCUGCCUUUCCUAGACGCCCUGCAACCGGAAGAAGCUGACAAGCUCGCGGCAAGCGAGAACAUCAGAUUCUUCGAUCCUUCUUCCUCCUCCUCUUCUGAUCCCACAUUUGCUACAGAAGAAGAUGUCAUCAAAUCUUUGAACGCCGCAAAGAUUCGCGUCCGGCUGACAUCUCCGUCGUCAGAGGGAGGCACAGACGUAGACGAACAGAUUGAACAGCUUCUCAAGGCCUUCUAUGCAUCACUGCCAAUCUCCGCAAAAGUGCCCAAGACUGUCCCAAGAGCCGGAACCGACUUUGUCCUCAUUGCAGCACAGCUGAUCCUCGCGGAUCAAGGCGGCGAGCAUUCGAGUGUGCUCAUCCACUUGGCUUCCAUCCUGACCCACGCAGCCAAUGCUACUCCUGCCUCGUACGCCCUGAAAGUCCUCUGUCUCCGCAUCUAUCUCAUGCUCGGAUGUCAGAGGGAAGCGCGUAAGCUCUGGACGGACCUGAAGAUUCGCGGGAUUCAAAACGAGUCCCUCGGCUGGCUCUGGGUUGGACGGUCCCUCGAGGGUGGCUCGUCUGAGGAAGGGGCCCCUGUCAGUCAAUGGAGACGCGAAGCGAGCAAUCUCUAUGGCGAGGUGGAGGGGGAGCAGCUCAGGAUGGUUAUGACUGCCUUUGAGCGCGGCAACUACUCGAGCGUGAGGGAGUUUAUGGAGUUUGAGCACAGGAUGGAGCGGUCCACUCAGAGGCAGCUCAUCCAGCUGGAGAGAGCUCGGCAGUUGUCACAAAUAGCGAAGAACCGGGAGGGGAGGCAGAAAGCAGCAGCUGCGGUCCUCCAGGAGGCUGAGCAGGUCUUGAAGGAAGGGCUGCUGCAGCAAUGGGACGAUGCCAUCCUCCCGUCGUUCUGCAACAAGGCACUCGAUUCAUUUGUUGACCUGACCUCCCGAGAUCACAUCUUUGGCCUUCACGACACUGCCCUCUUCAUCCGGAGACAAGCACGCUACCUCGCUGUGCUCGCCGAUGGUCCCGGCGUCGCCAUUCCCGAGGGUCUGAAGGACCCGAGCUCAGCACCCGCACAGGACUGGUACACUCUCGAGUCGUACGCUAAUGGCAUCGUCGAAGCCUUUGCGUCUGGCUCUGCUGCACAAGGCCAAGAGGCUCUGCAAGCUCUACUAGAAGAAGUGCAAGCGUCUCAUUGCAACAUGCUACCAUGGCAAGAGCAGUACAAUGUCGGAAUUCUACUCGACCUCUACCUCCUCUACUGGCACUUUUUGAACGACGGUUCAUCUUCAUCUUCGAAGGGUGAAGGGAAGACCGUCUCACCUGCUGCCCUGAAAGAGGGACUCGACAUGCUUCGUACAGCCUUGAACGAGCGCGUGACCACACUGAAGCAAGCUCGUCCCCUCACGCUCUCCAUUGAGCCUCACCAGAGUUCGGAGGAAGAUGGUGCAUCUGAAGGGGAUGACGGGCUCACCUCUCUCGUCAGAACGCUGGAGAAUGCCCUGGAUGCGCAAAAGGGCGGCAAGGGCACUAGGGAAAAGGUCUUCAAGGAUGUCAAGGACGAGGUGGCUCGUAUGCGCAAGGCGACUGUGCUGAGGGUGCAGGAGACGUUGAGGGACUUCCCUUGAUGAAAAGAUUCGACGUGUGGGACUCUGAAGCUGGGGCGGGGCGCUAGAGGGAGGGUGAACGUAGAAGUAGAGCAAGGGACAUAGAUCAAUCGUAGAUGGACAGAGGGCCAGAGGGACCAGCCGCAACACCAGACAGGGGGUAUGGAAGAUGGUAAUGUAUGUCUGAAAGCCAAAAGAUUUUGUACAAAGAAAGCGAAAUGCAUAUACGGCAAAGACGGCUGGACGUUGCACGUCUUGCAGCAG